AUGGAAUUAGAUCCAGAAAGCAAAGCUAGAAAACUUCGUUCUAGAAUUAUGGAACUGAACAGCAAGAUGAAUGAGUUAUAAUAAGAUUUAGAUGCAAAAGAGACCAGGAAUACAUUUCUUGAAAGAGAAGUAUAAGAUAGUUUAAAAAAUCUCAAUAAUAUGACUAUGUAUGUUUCUAAGUAGAUUGAAAUGAUGGAAGCAGAAGCACCUUAAUAAGAAAUUUUAGAUAAGAAUCGUGUGAAGGAAUUUUUUAGAUCAAUAUCAAAGUAAGUUUUGGAGAAAUUUGGUUAUCAUAUUGACAAAUACUUCAGAUACCUUGAAGAAUGCGUUUAGGAAGAAUUUCCGGAAUAAAAUAAUAUUGAAAAUGAUAAUUAAUAUUAGCCACCACCUAUGACUUGUGCCAUCUAAGUAAAAUGUCCUAAAAACUUACUAUCAAAAGAUGUUAAAUUUUAGGAUGACAAUGUAGAUUACGUGACCGCAACUUUUAGAUAUUCUAAAAUAAACAGUUUUCAAGAUCUAAAAAAAGCCUCAUUAGUUUAUUGGAAUAUUUACAAUAUUGAUUAGGUGAGGAAAGAGAUGCAUUAUGAUGCAGGACAGACUAGUUGUAAUGAUUAGCCCACAAAAUCCAAAGUAAAUUAAUAGCCGGAUUCUUAAGUGGCAGAAUAGAUAGAUGAUAUUUUGUAGAAAUAAUAACCAGGAUUAGUAAGUCCAGGAUCUAUCUAAACAACGACUAGGAACUUAGUAUCUCCGCAAAUUGAAUAUGUAUAGGAAUGCGGAAAUAAUGAUCAGAUCAUGUUAGAAAAGUUUUGUAACAGAUAUGAAAUUGUCAAUGAUAAUCAAGAGAAUAUACAAAACACAGAAUUGAUUGAGCGUUAUUAUAACAAAGUGUUAGCAGAUUAAAAUAUAUCUUAUCUAUCUGUGACAUUGAAAAAAAAAAGAAUGAAAACUCAUCGAAGAGGUCAACCUUCAGAAUCAAGAUAAUCACAUAUUACAAGCAAUGCACAACCUGAAAAGAGUCAAGUUAGCCAUCCUCAUUAAAGUGCCAACGUUACAUUUGAUGGUUCAAAGGUAAGUGAAGAAAAACCAUUAACAUAAAUUGACGAGAAUGAGGAUGAAUAUGAUGAACAAUAAGAAUACGAUUAAUAAGAUCUCAAAAUUGGAUUAUUUAGAAAAUAUGUCUAUUUCUUUAAUAGAUUUCCUUUAUUAAAAAAGCAAUUUGUUAUUGAUGUAGAUAAACUAAAAAAAAGAGGUAGAAGUGCAGAGAAAAAUCAAGCAGAAGAAUUGAAAGGUGAAAAAUUAGAUGAUAACCAUAUCUGCAUUCUCUUCAUUCUGAUAAUCUUAAUGGCUUUGAAUAUAUUAUUUAUCUACUUUUUAGAUAAUGGAGCAUAUACAUAAUAGCACAUCAAAAAAAUAGAAAACAGUUUAAACUUAAAUAAAUUUCUUGCCAUCUCUUCAAUUUCUGAUCUCAAAGAAUAUUACACUAAUCCAUAAGGUCUCAUGUAUCAAUUUACUUCUGAUAAUUCAGAUUUUAAGACAUCCUAUGAAAUAAUUGGAGCUUUGAGAUUUCGUCAAUUAAGAACUCGAUAUACUUAAUGUCCGAAUCCUAUAAGAACUGAUAAAAUCCCUUAAAUUACUUGCAAUUAUGAAACUUAUAAUGACCAAACAUUCUUUACUGAUUAAAUUGGUGAUGGAAAAAAACCUUGGAUGCUUUUUACAGACUCAAAAAAUGAUAGGAUUACUGAAGGAUAAUUUAGUGAAUACGAUUCAAGUGGAUAUAUUUAGGAUAUAAGCCCAGAAGAUUUAACUCCAGUCUAUUAUAUUCAUAAUAUCAUAGAAGGAAUGUUUAAUCAUCCCUUCUAUUUUCAGGAAACUCUAAUUGCCUAAGUUAUGACUAUGACAGUUAGGAGUAAAAAUGAUGGGAUGUUUGUGUUUAUUGAAUUUCUCGUUGAAGUCACUGGAAUUGGUAUUUAUCCAAAAUAACCCACCAUCACUCCAUUUUCACCAAAUAUUUUUGGUAAAGGAUCAUCCUCACCUUAUUCUAUUUAUGCUGAAAUGCAUUCUGAAUCUCCUGAGAGUCCUAAUAAUAAAAAUAUUGGAUACAUCUUGUAUAUGAUUACAGUACUUAAAAUUAUUGUUGGAAUCAUCUAUACAGUAUUUUAAUUGAUCAAAAUGAAGGACUCUCUUUCCUCAGGAAUCAAAUAUUUUAUAUCUGUUGUUUUCCUUGUUAAUUCCAUGUCUUUAAUACUCAACUUUUCAACUGCAGAUUAAGCGAUGUAAUUAUUCAAAUAAAACAUUAAUGUUUAUGAUCUUGUGUAAUAAACCACUUAUAUUGACUUAGGGAAUGUUGCAGAUAGUUAUAAAAGUAUCCUUGUUAUGACUUCAUUAUGUAUUUGUGCUCAUUUAAUCAGAAUAUAUCUGAUGUUUAAUAUCUUUAAAAGUUUAGAAUAAGCCAUUGAAGCUAUUGAAUCUUAAUAUUUGUAAUUAUUGUCCAGUUUCACAUUACUUUUUCUUAUUUUGUCUGGCUUUGCUAUUAUUCUGACAAAUUAAAAGGGACCAUAUUUUGUAAACUAUAGCGUAUUUGCUAGAUCUUUGGCAUAACUGAUAUUGAUGCUUUGUAAUAGUUCUAAUAUAGGGGAAUUUUAUGAUACAGAUGUAACAUUUUCUAUGCUUUUUAUGAUAUUCUUUUACUUUAUACUUUAUCAAUUCCUAUUCGGAAUUUUGGCGAUCAUCUACAUUGACUCUUAUAGACAAGUUGUUAUUAGCUAAGGUUAACCUGAGUCAAAAAUUCUAAAAAAAAAUAAUCUAAUGAAUUGGCUCUUUAAUUGGUUACCAAAUAAAAUAUAUUAAAAAAAAAUACAGGAAUGA